CUCACUCUCACGUCGACGUUGGACGCACCGCGUGCUCCCUGUCACAGACUAACAUUUUGCUUUAUAUACUUACAUGUGCACUUAUCAUUGGUUCUUUUAAUUUUGUUACCCUGUGUCGUCCCAAGUGAACUUUUGUUACUACUAACGGACAGAUUCGCUAUAUCCUGUUCGGCGCUGGGGUUGGUUUGAUGUGUACAAUGAUGGCGUUUUGAAUCUGCUCUACACUACAUCAUGUGACUUAAAAACCCGACAUGGAAGAAGAAAAUACGAAUAAAACUGCUGAGGCUAGUGACGCGCCGCCUAGCUCGAACGCCGAUGAAGUUAACAAUCAUGAAGAACAAACAAACGAGUGCAAAGUGAAAGACAAUAGUGAUAAUUCCAUUGCCACAAUUAAAGAAGAAAGUGAUAUAAUUGUAAAGACAUUUGAAGAUUGUAAAAGUGAAAGUGUAGAUUUUAAGGAGUCAUUCGUAGAGAACGGAUCGUGUGAAGCGAUUGAUGACGCACGUUCGAUAGGCGAUCUCGACAGCUUACCGGCCGGUGACGAACUAGCGCUCGGAGCCGCGGGCAGCGACAGUGGGGUGGAAGGAUGCGGACGAGCGCUCAGUAGCGGAGGUGGAUCUCGUUCCUGCGCCUCGAGUGUGGUUUCCUGUGGCUCGGGAUGCGGUUCCGAAAGCUCAUCGCUUGCUGGAGCGCCUCCUAGACCCCGCCGACGUGUAAACGUCACAGUAGCGGAGCCAAAGAGAAGUUCCCCAGUAGGGACAUCGACACCACGACCAGUUACGGCCCCACGGGGACCUAAUCUUGCAACACGAGAGCGCGCGAGAAGUAGAGAGAAACCGACACCUCCCGAAAAACCCCGACCGCUUACACCCAAACCACGCAUAAGACCAACCACCGAUCUUCCAAACCUAGUCCGUGAAAGUCCAGCUUUACGUGCCAAACCUACAAAAACUUCCACCGCGAGAUGUAGAACGCCAAAUUCGCCAGUAGAUGAAAAGAAAUGGCCCACAAACGGGCAACGGCUAUCGACCGCCACUGACGCGACCGCGACCCGGGUAGCAGCCGAUAAAUAUGGAACGUUGCCACGGAGAAGGCGCGACGUCGAUCCAGAGUCUUCCCCAAAACACGAAAGCACACCGCCCACCUCCAGAAGACCUACAGUUUCACGAUCUGUUUCAUCAAGGACCGCAACUAAAACUCGCGUGAGGAUAUACGCUGAGAAAAUUUGUCAAACAGUUUUGGUGGGGACUGAUAUCGAAUCAGCUCUUGCGGGAAUCGUGCCAAAUAUCGAAAGUCGCAUAGACGUAACGCGAUGUCAUCGCGGGGUACAAGCGAGUGCCCGCGACACGGAGAUCGCGCGACUGGUGUCAGCAGCCGCGGUCGCCGAGGCAGUUGCGACUGAGGAGCGCGAGAGAAGGUUGCACGUGGAAGCGCAGCUGGCUGCCGAGCGUGCUGCCAGACUGGCGGCGAUCUCUGAACUGGAGAGAAACUCGCAACGACUGCUGGAGCUCGCCGGUGCUGGCGCCGGUGCCAACGCAGACGGCUGCUUGCGAGCAUUGGAGGAGCAACUUCGAUCUGCGCGCGAGCUGGCGACGCGGCAGCGCGGCGAGAUCGACGCGCUGCGGGACCACUGCGACAAGUUGCACGCGGAGGCGUGUAACGCUCGGGAGACAUCGAGGGUUUUAGAGGCGAGGCUGAGCGAGGCGGAGCGCGAGGCGGCUGAGAUGCAGGACUUCCUUGCCGCGGAGACGGGAGCGCUGAGCGACUCCUUGCGAGACGCUGAGGCGGAAAUCACGCGCCUCACCGCCGAGCUCGAGCGCAGGCGCGGCGAGUGUCGGCAACUGGUGCGCAUGUGCGAGCAGCGGCGACAGGAAGCGCUAGCCGCGGGCGCGCGGGCGAGGGGAGGCGCGGGGGCGGCGGCCGCGCUGGACACACUGUCGCGUCGCCUGCGCGCGCUCACGGAGGCCGUGCGCGCCGCCUAUGCCCUGCCUCCCCACGCCAUACACCCCACCGUCUACCACAACGAGGCCUACUGCAGUCGCAGCGACAGUGGAGAAACUCUAUCUCCAGAGGAAGACACCCGCGGUGGGCUUUUGGGCGCAGUAGCCCGAGCUCUACGCUCGGCGGCCGCCGCCGCGCCGCUCGCUCACAACGCCCAUAACGCCCACUACGCCCACAAUGAUGACGAGCGCUCACGGGUGUCUGACGACAAUGAUAACUCCGCAGACUUGCUGGACUCGGAGACGGAACCGUGUUUAGUUACAGAUCCAGAAUGCGCCGAAGAAUGGUGGUCAGGUGCGGAAGGCGCAGGCGCCUGGAGCGGGGAAGAGCUGUCACCAGAGAGGGAGUCUUGCGGUGAUGGCGACAAAGAAGCGGAAGGUGAAGGCUCAGCGGAGUCGCAAUCAAUGUCAGAGCGGGACUCCCUCCGCAACCUCUCAGCGGCCAUCGCGGCACGCCAACGUUGGGAGGCCGAGGGCGAGGAGGCGGCGCGAGGAGCUUUAUUAGAGCGAGUGUUGGCGUUGGACCUGCGACUAGCGGACUUGCUGCGAGCGUUGGCCGCCGCCGCGCAAGCCGCCAACAGUCCCUCGUCCAGAGCCCCCGACACGCCCACCGCUGCGUUGGCUCAUGCACUCAGGGAUAAGAUCGAGGUGACGGAAAAGAACGUGGCAGACGUGGUGGUGAAGAAGCUUGCUGAGUUGGACGCCUGCAAGAACUUGAUGGAGCAAUACCAACACUCUAUUGAAGUGUUAAAAAGUCAACUGGCUCAACGCGGUGAAGAGGACGAAAUCGAGUUAAUUGAGCAGGAGCUGGAGUGCUGUGACGAGGGCGAGCGGCGGCGUCGCUGCGAGGCGGUGGAGGCGGCGCUCGGCGCCUUGUCGCACGCGCCUCGCCUGCUGCCUCUGCGCCGCCGCCUCGAGCGCCUCGCGCUGGCCCUCGCUGCCCCGCCGCCCGCACCUGCCCCGCGCCCGCCCGUCGCACAACCCGCCGCCUGCACCUAGUACUAAGACUCCCGAGCAAAACGUCGUGCCAGCCGAAUUAAGUACAACUUCUUGCUCCGCGCAUGAAUUUCGCUAGUGAAAGGGGUAACAAGGAACGUCAUUCGAGCGCAGCGCCACUGACGCCCCAGAAGCUCGACUCGAAAGUCCACCUUAACUUUAUAGGAAGGCGGCAUUUUGUUUUCUGUGAAGGCCACUAAAGUUAUUGUUUAUGGAUGUAAACUAAAUUCAAUGCGCGUGCCUCGAGGGCGAAGCGGUAGGGGUGUCUUGCCACAUGGGCCUUACCUCAUGCUUCUCUGACACCGCCUCGAGCGCCUCCCGUUGGCCCACACCGCUCUGCCUCACGGAUCAAAACCCGCCGCCUGCACCUAGGCUUAAAUUCUAAAAAGUCAGAAGAUCCUGUGCCCGGCAAACAACUUGAGCACUGACGCGAUUUGCUGGCGAAUGGCGGGUGUACGCGAUUGGUUGAUAUGUCGACUUUUACUUCCCGGAUUCGGAACUUUUUCG